AUGAUCAGGUUUCUGUUAGUGUCAAACAUUGUUUCCUGUUGUCUUGCUGCCAACUGGGUGAAGAUUAUGAGACCCACAAUAACCUGGGAAGACAUGGAAAUCUCCUCCGAAGGCGAACGAAAAUUCUUCUGCGGCCAAUUCGAUCUCUCCUACACCGGUCGAUACCAUUGGCGAUUCAACGGAUCCUCAAUUCUUCCCGAACGAACUCAAAUCCAUCGAAACGAAUUUGUGUUUUUGUCGGGAGCAAAUGCAAUACGAAACCAGUUACCCGGAGAGUAUGAGUGCUGUGUUCGAGAGGAUCUUGGAAAUGCUUGUUAUUCAAGGAUGAUUGUUGUGCAAAACCGUACCGACAAUCACAACGUUGACAUGACAAACUCAACGUUACUUUUAGCAGAAGAAGGACACACUUACUAUAUCAGAAUGCACGAUGUGAAGAGGAUCGAAGGGGUGAAGUGCACACUCGAUGGUGUGAAUGUUGACUAUUUUAAGUACCCCUUCCUAUCCCGCGAGACCAAGAAAGCUGUGCCGUAUCAUCUGAAAAUAGAGAACAUCGAACGUGGUGGAGAAGUGAAAUGCGAUUUACGACUUCAUAAAAAAGAAGUCGUCGAAAAAGUCUUUGAUGUCCGGUUACUGGGUGGAUUUGUAUCAACUUCAGCCUUAUUUUCUUUUUAUCUGAACCUCAUUUUCUCUGUGAUUUUCUGUUUCUUGUUUAGGUGGUUAUAA